AAAUUCACCACCCGUUUGCACGGAAAUCUGCGCUUGAAACUCUUCUCUGUGGCGCAUUGCUGGAUGUCUUUCAGCAUCUUCAGAACACAGUAGCUAGCCUGUUAGCUAGAGCUUCAAAAGAUAUGAGCCGCAAAAGAGACCACACUUUUACCGAAACAAGCCUUUCUCCAGACCCCCAAAACGCAUUCAUGGACACUCCGGUGUCUGCAGCGCGACCCGAUGAAGAUGUAUUGGAAUUCGAGCCUGACGAGGAGCUACUCUGCUCGGUGAGCGACAUCACCGAACACCUUGGGAGAAACAUAACAGUGGUGCUCGAGACUGCGUUGUCCGAAAUCAGGAAAAUGGUCAGCGUCAGGAUACGGGUUCUGAAAAUGGAGCUUCGGGAGAAAACAGACGAAAUCGAAGUCUUAAAAACGAGACUAGAGGUGCAAAUAGACGGUAGGGACCCGUAUCCUGGAGGAAUGACCACCGAGGUUGCAUCUGUAUUCAGGAAAGCAGACUUCCAUUCAGGAAGCAAACACAACAACAACGACCACAAGAAAGCCAAACCAGCCAUGCCUGGUGUGAAGAAAGAAAACAUCAAUGCCAUUUGCGACUAUCUGAUGAAAGAUAAGAAUUCACGGGGUGCUGAAACGGACAGCGACCCGAGCAAUCCUUCUUCUGGUAGCGACAGGGACAGCCGCCACGAUCCCCAGCCGCACUCCCUCAACCAUCUGUGGCCGGACAGUGGCAUUCCUGACGCGGGGCAUGGGGACGGGGAAUCGGACUCGGCCACGGAUGACAUAUUUGACAUGUCGCUACCAUCAGGAAGCAAGCGGAUCCACGACUAUGAGUGGAUGACUGGGGUGGAGUACACGUCGGAUUUGAAAGGUAUGAGGGAGCCUAAAUCGGAGAGUGCCAAAACACCAGAUGAGGAAGAUGAUGAAGAGGGUGACGAGUCAAAAGAAGAAAGGAAUGAUGGAUUGGAGCAUCCCCCAGCCCCUCUCUCCCAUGACACAAACAGCCCCGACUUUCCCCUGCACCCCCAGGGCUCUCCAGGAGGGGAGGGGGACAGUUCUUUGGAGGCCCAUGUGGAUGGACUAGAACCGGGUCAGCAGUUUACCUCCCACACAUACCUCUGCCCACUGUGUGGAACCUUCUGCCCCGACUCCUUGUUCCUAGAGGAGCACCUCAAACUGAUACACGGCGACACCACCGGCACCCACAGCACCCUGCAGUCCACCUCCAUUGCUCCCCUCUCUCUGGGAGAGGGUAGCAGUGAUUCCAAGCGGGGGUUGGCGGGGCUUGAAGGAGGGAGCAUUCCGUCUGGAGCUAGGGGGAUGGGCCUAGCAAGAGGAGGAGGAGUCGGGGGAGGAGUAGGGACGAGGGAGAAGAAAGUGGAAGGGGGUUACGAGUGUGGAGAUUGCGGCCGCCAUUUCAACUACCUGGGCAACCUGCGGCAGCACCAGCGCAUUCACACGGGGGAGAAGCCCUUCAUAUGCCCAGAGUGUGGGGAGAAGUUCCGGCACGCUGCCCGAUUGAAGAGUCACCGGCUGGGGCACAACGGAGGCCAGAGCCCCUUCCCCUGCCCCCAGUGUGGGAAGGGCUUCCCGGUGCUCUCCGGCUUAAAGAGACACCAGCGGGUACAUACGGGGGAGAGCCCCUACGCGUGCCAGCAGUGUGGGCGGCGCUUCAAGGAGCUGGGUAACCUGUACACCCACCAGAGGAUUCACAGUGGUGCCACACCCUACUGCUGCCAGCAGUGUGGGAGGAGCUUCCGCCACCUGGGCACCUACAAGAGCCACCGCUGCACCCCCACACAGUGACAGUGACAUUCUACUCCGUUACCUUAAAGCUAGACUGGCUAAUUGCUAAAUCUAGCCUAGCCAUCACAGGAGCCUAUUGACAUGCUGUUAACUGAGGCAGGAACAUUGUCUGAGUCUAAAGACAAGCCUCAUAUGGACUUAAAAGGGAGGGAGACUGUGCAAUGGUGAAGAAGAGGUCAAAGGGCAUCCUGAUGAAAGCCAUGGCCUCGUUCAAAUAGUACAAAACACAUAAUUCCCUCUUCGGCUCCCUUCCUUGAAGUAAUCACUCAUCUAAUAAUAAUAAUAAUACUUUUAAUAGUAUACUACUAAUACUUUUUUUAUAUAGCGCUUUUCAUUACAAACAAGUAUCUCCAAAACAAAAACAUAUGUAGGGAUCUGGCAGUUCCUGUUUGAUGGUCUUCCACAGCUUCAGAUGUCUAGGCAGUUCAGAAAGGCAACCGGUAGCAGUAGCUUAAGUGGCAGGAGUGUCGAUGAUACAGACAGGCAUAGAGAAACAUCAGUCAGAUACCAGUAGACAGGCCCGGAGCUCUUUAUCAGAGAGGGAGAAACGUCAGUCAGAUACUGGUAGACAGGCCCGGAGCUCUUUAUCAGAGGGAGAAACGUCAGUCAGAUACUGGUAGACAGGCCUGGAGCUCUUUAUCAGAGAGUCAGGGAGAAACGUCAGUCAGAUACUGGUAGACAGGCCCGGAGCUCUUUAUCAGAGAGUCAGGGAGAAACGUCAGUCAGAUACUGGUAGACAGGCCCGGAGCUCUUUAUCAGAGAGUCAGGGAGAAACGUCAGUCAGAUACCAGUAGACAGGCCCAGAGCUCUUCAUCAGAGUGUCAGGGAGAAACGUCAGUCAGAUACUGGUAGACAGGCCCAGAGCUCUUCAUCAGAGAGUCAGGGAGAAACGUCAGUCAGAUACUGGUAGACAGGCCCGGAGCUCUUUAUCAGAGAGUCAGGGAGAAACGUCAGUCAGAUACUGGUAGACAGGCCCGGAGCUCUUUAUCAGAGAGUCAGGGAGAAACGUCAGUCAGAUACCAGUAGACAGGCCCGGAGCUCUUUAUCAGAGAGGGAGAAAUGUCAGUCCGAUACUGGUGGACAGGCCCCCAGAGCUCUUCAUCAGAGAGUCAGGGAGAAACGUCAGUCAGAUACUGGUAGACAGGCCCAGAGCUCUUCAUCAGAGAGUCAGGGAGAAACGUCAGUCAGAUACUGGUAGACAGGCCCAGAGCUCUUCAUCAGAGAGGGAGAAACGUCAGUCAGAUACUGGUAGACAGGCCCAGAGCUCUUCAUCAGAGAGGGAGAAACGUCAGUCAGAUACUGGUAGACAGGCCCAGAGCUCUUCAUCAGAGAGUCAGGGAGAAACGUCAGUCAGAUACUGGUAGACAGGCCCAGAGCUCUUCAUCAGAGAGGGUGAAACGUCAGUCAGAUACUGGUAGACAGGCCCAGAGCUCUUCAUCAGAGAGUCAGGGAGAAACGUCAGUCAGAUACUGGUAGACAGGCCCAGAGCUCUUCAUCAGAGAGGGUGAAACGUCAGUCAGAUACUGGUAGACAGGCCCAGAGCUCUUCAUCGAUCACUCAAAUGUAUUUAUAAAGCUCCUUUUUACAUCAGCAGAUGUCACAAAGUGCUUAUACAGAAACCCAGCCUAAAACCCCUAACAGCAAGCAAUGCAGAUUUAGAAGCACGUGGCUAGGAAACACUACCUAGAAAGGCAGGAACCUAGAGAGGAACCAGGCUCUUCUGGCUGUGCCGGUUGGAGAUUAUAUGAGAAUAUAUGUACAUGGCCAUUAAGACCAGAUCGUUCUUCAAGAUGUUCAAU